AUGAGUCAAUGACUCAAAUCACCGAUAACCCUAAUUAUUUUUUUCUGGAUCUGUUCUGUGCUGGUGUUUGAAUGUUGGGCACCGUGUUAUCUCCUCUGCAACUGCACACGUCUGGUCUCGUAUCGUUUCGUCUCUGCUCUCGUCAAGCCGGUACGACGGAAAGCAACUCUCUCUCGUCAAGCCCGUGCAAGGAUAAGGAGAUUCGCAGAAGCAAGUUUCUCUCCUCCGCCUCUGGGGAGAAAGAAAUUAAUCAAGAUUUCCGUGUUAAAGAGAAAAAACAAGAAAUCAAUCAAGCCUGUCCUGGGGAGGAGCAAUCAGAGGAUACAAUGGUUCUCGAUUCUGAUCACUAUAGUUCUGAUGAUAGUGUCAGCAGCAGCGAGAUUUGUCGUUAUUGUGACUACGUUGGUGAGCACACCUCUUGUGAGUGCCCCAAUUAUCUGAAGCCCAGAGAGACUUGGGUUGCUCACCCUCUUGUGAAAGAAAGUUACUUUUGCAGCAUUUGUGGUAAAAAUGACCACCACAUUGCAUGGUGCCCAUUGGCUAUAUCGUGCCCUCCUGGCACAAAAGUAGAACCUGGUGCUGAAAUAAUGUGUAGCGUCUGUCAUACAUACAUGUGCUCCAUUGAGUCGCAGUAUUGGAACAUAAAAUAUGAUCAUCAUACAUUUGCUCAGUUAAAGGACUGUCUUUAUUGUAACGAAAACGGACACUAUCCUCACGUGUGCCCUUCUCGGGUGAAGGAUCUUCUAGCUGUCAUAGAACUAGAAAAUGCUGGCGGUGACAAUAAUGGUCAGGAUGAUGAUAAUGAGAAGCCAAAUACAGAAUUCCAACGGUUUCGUUAUUCAUUUUUUGUGGCCAAUCUAGCUCCACAGGUUACUGAAAUUGAUCUCUAUCGUCAUUUCCUUGAUUUAUUACCUGAUGUUGGAAUCGGAGAUGUUACAGAAGUAAUGGUGCACAACCAUGAAGAUAAAUGUUAUGGGUAUCUGGAAUUCAGGACAAGGGAAACAGCAUUAUCGGCUAUGGAGAAGGGGCAUCAUACCAUUCUCUGUGACAAGAAAAUCAAGUGUUACCCUAGCUCAUUAGUGAAGGAAGGUCUGGUUGUUUUUUCCCCAUGAAGUUCAGGAGCAGGAGAAGCUUAUAUGCCAGCCACUGGUCCGCAAUAAGUAUUUGACAUGACCUCUAGUUUUAAGUUAAUUUCCUUGUAAUGUAGUUUUUAAAUGGUUAGACAGCAUCGAAUAUCUAUCAGUAAUCAGUAAUGAAUAUAAUUUCAGAACUUGUUGUCGAAAAUUGUCUGUUUUUCAUUGAGAGUACUCGUAAGUCACAGUUGUCAAUCAGGAAGCUGUUAAUAUUUUUUCAUGAACUCUUGAUAAUUCCAAGGAUCCAGGGCAGGCGAGGGCUGAUUGGCACUUGUAAGACACUG